CCCGGAUAGUGGUGGCCAUGCCGGUCCUUAAGAACCCCUACAAACUGAAGAUGGCCACGGCCAACAGGGCACCGGGCAGCACCGGGGAGCUGAUCCUGGCCCAGGAGAGCAGCACCAACCCCUUCGAGGAGGAUCUGGAGGAGAACUCGGGGGACUCUGUCCUGGGGGAGCAGAACCCCUUCCUGGAGGAGGCAGAGGAGGAGGAUGGUGGCUUUGAACGUGACCUCGUCAAUGGCAGCCUGGACCGGCGCCGGGUGACGCGAGAGAAGCUGGCGGGCCUGUCCCCCUUCCGGCUGGGCAAGGGCAAGAAGGGGGCGGGCAAAGAGAAGGCUCCUGCCGGGGACAAGGGGCCCGACCGGCGCCCCUUCCUGGGCCUCGGGUCCCUGGAGAAGCGGAAGUCGCGGCGCUGCUCCGAGGACUUCCGCCUCCUGCAGCUCUUGAACGGGCGGCGCAGGGAGAGCCAGGGCGGGCCGGAGAGCUCCCCGGCCGAGCGCGAGGGUGUCCCCGACGCCGGGAAGCGAAUGAGCUUCCUCAAGCUGGGCCUGGGGGGCCGGGCGCGCCGGGCCUCGCUGGUGGACAAGCCCAGCCCCACCGAGGCCCCGGAGCCGGCGCUUGCCGCCCAGGAGGUGGAGACCGACGCCAAGGCCCAGGAGCCUCUGUCAGUGUUGGAGAUUCUGAACCUGAUCCAGCAGCGGGACCUGCUGGCGGCCGACAAGCACAUCAUCGAGCUGGAGGUGGAGUGCGGGCGGGAGGGCCCCUCGAGCGGCGAGGCCGGGGCCGGCAGCCGCAAGGCCAAGGACGUGACGCUGCUGUACGAGGCCCUGCUCCAGCAGCUGUGGGCUAUGCUGGCCGAGGCCCUGGCGGCCCGAGGCACCUACCCGGCCCUGGAGCUAAUGGUGCAGGUGAUCGAGCAGGAGGAGGCCGCGGACCGGCGGUGGCUGGAGGCGCAGGGGGGCGGCGCGGGGCCCCGGCCCCGGGCCAUGCGCCGCAGGUGGGCCGAGGCGGUGAAGCGGGCGGUGGGCGAGCGGCUGGGCCAGUGCACGGAGGACAGUGGCGGCCCCCUGGCGGGGCACGUGGAGCGCCUGACCCGCUGCUUGGUGGAGGACCUCAGCGCUGUCAGGACCCACCUGCUGCCGGCGUAUCCCCCCGAGUACCAGGCCCUGGACGUCUAUGCCCGCAGCUACCAUGAGGGGCUGGCCCAGCUGCUGGGCAGCAUCGCCCAGAGGAACCUGUCCAUCGCCGAGCUCUACUUUCUCCUGGACUGGCACAGCAACACCUACCCCAGGGAGGUGCUGGGGCGGCUGGACAUCGCCCCACUGCUCAGUGCCCACGAGCUAGAGCCCCUGCUGCCCCCCGAGACCCGGCGCCGCUUGGAGGAGGCCUGCGUUGCGGCAGUGAAGACCAAGAUCGUGGCAGACAUGAGCCGGGAGCUGCGGGAGGAGGAGCAGCGCUGGGCCCAGGAGCCUGGACGGGACCACAGCCAGCUGGAGCUGUCCAGCCGGGUGAUCUCUGUGCUGAAGGCCCAUGUGGACAAGGCCCCCCGGAUCACGCCGGAGUUCGGGGAGCAGAUAGUGCUCUGCUGUCUGACUGGUCUGGCCGAGUUCCUGCAGAGCUUUCAGAGCAAGGUGGAGCAGUUCCACGAGGGGCCCGGCAAGAGCGGCCCCCCCACCGACAGCUAUGUGGGCAGGACCAUCGCGCUCGUCAACUGCUGCCCCCCCUUCAGGGAAUACGUGGAGCAGCUGGCGCAGUCUGGCCACUCGGAGAGCGAAGCCCCCCAGCGCCAGGCCAGCGCCGCCCUGGACAAGGUGACCCGGCUCUGCAACCAUGUCCUGGCCCAGCAACUCUUCGAGGAGCUCCGGGUACGUGGGGGCAGGCCAGGGCACUCCUGGGACACGGCCUGGGUCUGUCUGAGGGGGGAAGCGUCUGGCAUCAGCAACUGUCAGAGCCAGCCACAGUGCAGUGCGCAGCAGCAUUCCUGGGGGCUCCCCCCGCCCUGGUGGCCCAGCUGGGGGGAGCAGAGCCCCCCCGCGGAGUCCACCCCUCCCCUGCAGGUUGCCCGGCUGAACCUGCCCUGUGGCCCGCAGGUGCUGGUGAACAAAGUGCACCGGUGGGUGCUGCUCCAGUACGUCCGGCCCCUGCUGCAGGUCCGGCUUGUCUGCAGCUCGAACAAGAUGAGAGGCAAGGUGGCGGCCCGGCUGGAGGACGAAGGCCGCCAGCUGCAGGAGCUCUUCGGCCAGCUGAACUCGACCUCGUCCUGGCUGAAUGAAGUGGUGCCUCACCUGGCCGAGAUCCUGCGGCUGGAGGACACUCCUUCCAUCCAGAUGGAGGUGGGGAUGCUGGUGCGGGACUUCCCUGAUGUCCGGAAGAAGCAUGUGGCGGCCCUGCUGGACGUGCGGGGCCUGCGGGGUCAGACGCAGCGCCAGGAGAUCUUGGCUGUGGUGAAAGACCUGGAGCUGAGCAAGGGCGAGGUUCCAGAGUGCCGGGAGCGGACCUUCUUCUCAGAGAUCCCCGCCGCCCGUGAGGUGCGCUGCUUCAGUGGGGCCCUGCCACACCUGCCGCCCGCCUGCCUGGGCUGGCUGCGCUGGGGAUGCCUGGGUCCCGCGCCUGAUACAUGCCAGCCCCAGCCCAGCGAGCAUGAGGCGGACAUCCAGGUGUGAGCCGAGCCAGGACCCAGCCCCUGAGCCGCGCCAGGCCCGGCGCCUUGCGCCAGGGAGCAGCUUCCUGUAUCCUGCUGGCCCCAGGCCAUGUCACCCAGUCUGCACCCAAAGACCCGGUCCUGACAGCCGGGUGGGUGAGGCCGGGACACAGGCAACCAGCCUUGCUGCCUGUGAGCCCCCCUCAGGCCCCAGCGCUUCGGUCCUGAACUCACACUGGUGCACAGCGCUGCCCCCGAGCAGGGGGUUUCGGAUGUUCAUUUAUGGCAGCCCUCCCCAGAGAUGCACUUGGGCCCUUCGCAUGGGGCUGCAGCUGCUGGGGCAAGGCCAGGCCUGUGGGUGGGACAUGCUGGGGGGGUGUUUGACCCUUUGUGCCCGCUGGCCAUGCCACCUCCCACUGGGGCUGGUAGCCCUUCUGCCCUGCUCCCCUCCGGCUGCCCCACCUCCCAGUGCCCACCCGUGGGGUAACACCAUACCCCCCAGGGCCCCUCCUGGCUGUGACUUGCCAGCCCCCCAGAGGAUCCAGCCACUACUGACCCCCUGAGCAGCAGCUGCAACUGGGUCCGUGCCAGAACACUGGGCGCUGGAGCCAGGUGUGGUGCCCACCCCCACGCCCCCACAGCAUAGGCCCAGGGCAGGAAGGGUCUCAUUUCACCCAGUGGGGGCCCUCUGCAUAGCCCCCCCUCCCCAGGCUGCCCAGUCGUGGGGUGGGGUCUGGCUCACCCAGGGCUCGAGUUCAGUCUGUAACUGUAUGAUAAGGAAUAAACGUUAAUUUAAAGGCU